AACGAGCACACGUCAUGGUCGCUGAAUUUGAUUUUAGCAAUUUUAACAGAAAUAACGAAUUGGCGUCUAAGAACCCUUCAAACUUACCAAAAGCAACGUCCACCGGUACCACAAUCGUUGGCUGUAUAUACAACAAUGGCUUGGUUUUGGGUGCAGACACGAGAGCUACAGAGGGUGAGAUCAUCGCUGACAAAAACUGCGAAAAGAUACACUACCUCACAGACGAUAUCCGCUGCUGUGGUGCAGGUACUGCCGCUGAUACAGAAGCCGUUACCGCUUUGAUAUCCUCCAACUUGGAGUUGCACUCAUUAUCAACAAAUAGAAAACCUAGAGUCGUUACUGCAAUGACAAUGUUAAAGCAGAUGUUAUUCCAAUACCAGGGUCAUAUCGGUGCUGCACUCGUACUCGGCGGUAUAGAUUCUACCGGUCCAAACUUGUUCACCGUCGCACCACACGGUUCUACCGACAAGUUGCCAUAUGUUACCAUGGGUAGUGGUAGUUUAGCUGCCAUGGCUGUAUUCGAAGCUGAAUGGAAACCUCAAAUGACAGAAUCUGAAGCUAAAGACUUGGUUAUUAAAGCAAUCUCAGCUGGUAUUUUCAACGAUUUAGGAUCUGGUUCAAAUUGCGACGUAUGCGUUAUCGACCAGGAUAAACCAACUGAAAUGAUUAGAAAUAUCAAGCCAGAAUUGAAUGCUAGAUCAAUAAAAGAGAGAAAUUACAAGUUUAGAAAGGGUACAACUGCUUUCACGAAGCAAUCAAUUAGGGAUUUCGUUCAAGAAGAAGAAGUUAUCGAAUUUAACAAGCAGCCAGAAGAAAUGGAUUUGACGUCCUAAAUUGUGUAAUUUUUAUUCAUUUUUAUUUUUAUUCCC